UCAGAUUUAUUUAUUUAUUUAUUUAUUUUAUUUAUAUAUAUACAAGAAGGUACAUUGGGUUUGUGAGAAUACAUUGGAUAGUACAGUAUUUACAUUCUUGUAAAGCCACUAGUACUCGCAGCGUUUCGGGCAGAUCACACUUACCUGGAGACGGCGCUGUAGGACAGCCUGAGAGAAGAGAGAUGAGAGAUGUUGCCGUGAUGCGGGCACCGUCUGGGGUCACGGGAAGGUUGAUAAGAUUUCUGUGUGUACUGGGUGGGUCACGGGGAUCAUCUCCCGUCACGCAGGGUGCAGCCGCACCUCCACAGAUCUCCAAUAUCAUCUGUUGAUACUGUGUUUUUUGACACGAACAUUAUGGCCCAAUCAAGUUUAAAGCAGUAUCUCCGCACCCUUCGCUGGACUCCCUUACCUGUUGGUGUUGGUCUAGCACUAAUUGCAUUCCAACAGUACAGACACACUCGGAAGAGGGAAGCGGCAAAACUUGGUCAGUUGGAACCAUGUAACUGCUUGGCUGAUGAAUGGGAAGUUGAAGCUUACAAGCUUCUACCUCUUCGAUCAUUCUCAAGAGCCUGGGGAUGGGUAAAUGGACUUGAAUUACCUGAAUGGUCUAGGAAGUCUGUACUUGGUCUCUAUGUUCGAACCUUUGGUUGUAACAUGGCUGAGGCAGAAGUAGAAGAUCUUGGUAAAUACAAGUGCCUCUCGGAGCUCUUCCGACGCUCGCUAAAAGAUGGGUUGCGUCCAGUAGAUGCUUCUGCCUGUGUGGUGAGCCCAGUUGAUGGCAGGAUUUUGUCUUUUGGUGCUGUUAGCUGUGGAACUCUGGAUCAAGUUAAGGGUGUGUCAUAUCCUUUACGAAAGUUUCUUGGUCCCAAUUGUUGGAGUGAGGGAGGGCCCAUGGUGGUGAAUAAGGAUGAUGAUGACUGUUUCCACCGUACGUGCCUCAGAGAUUGUGAUACUAACAUGCUUUACCAGUGUGUUAUCUACCUAGCUCCUGGUGACUACCACCGUUUCCACUCUUGUGCUGAUUGGAAAGUGAUAUUUCGGCGGCACUUUCCUGGAGAACUAUUAAGUGUAAAUCCAAAUAUUGCAGCAUGGGUGAGGAACCUGUUUAUUCUAAAUGAAAGAGUCAGUUAUGUAGGACAGUGGAAGCAUGGGUUCUUUUCCAUGACAGCAGUUGGUGCUACUAAUGUUGGGUCUAUUAAAGUGUAUUUUGAUGAAGAACUCAGAACCAACGAGAAAAAAUUGAACAAAAGUUUUCACGAUAAGCAUUUUAAAGAUAAACCAAUUGAGCUAUCCAGAGGUGGUGAGUUUGGGGAGUUUAAUUUAGGUUCUACCAUUGUACUUGUCUUUGAAGCUCCUAAAGAUACUAUAAUAAUGGUUGAUAUUGGACAAAAGGUUAGAAUGGGUCAGGCAUUAUUCAGAAUACCAAAUUCAUAUGUAGGAAAAGCGAGAACAGAAAUUGCUCAUCCAGGUCCACAAAGGUAGACUUGCUUUAAGCACAAUGUAAUUGCUAUAAUAAGUUUUAAAAAUCAAAUUCAUGGAGAAAUAUAAUUUUCAGAGACAUCUCUAUGAAGGAGAAUAUUUUGUUGAUAAUAUUAUUUAUGAUAUUAUAGAAUCAAAAUAUUUUGGUGGACAAACGGUGCAACUUUCAGAAGCUGAGGCUAGUCAGAUUUUAGUAAAAUGCAAUGCGACUCCUGCAAGUCGAAGUUACUAAGAUGUUGCAGAAUUACUAUUGUUACAAAUGAUGCCAUAUUUUUGUCUUUACAGUAUUAUCUUUACUGUAUAUGGAUUGUAUUUUACUUUUUUUUACAAAACAUUAAUUUGUGCAGUUAUUUGGGAUGGGGGACUGAUAUACCAUGCUGUAAAUAUGAUUUAUUUUUCCAUCUACUUACUGUACUGUUAAAUUAACAAUAACAAAAAUAUUAGAAGGUGACCAUAAUUAUAUUCAUCUACUAAAAUGUUUCAGCUGUAAGAGUAAGCUAAAAUUUGCUGUUCACAAUUCAAUUACAGUUUAUAUUGUCAAAAGUCGAGCUCAACCUAUUUGCUCAUGACAUUUUGUUGUGUGAACCAACAAAUCAUUAACAUUGUAUUUGUAAUUUAAUGGAUAACCAGUACUGUACAGUAUAAAAAAUAAAUAAUUAUUUAGAAA